UUCCGGUCCCGCCGCCGGGAGCCGGUGCGGCUGUGAGGGCUUCGCGUCUCGCCGCCGCCGCCGGCCGGGCAUGGUUUUGGGUGUCGGCCCGCCUCGCCUGACUCGCGGUGCUCAGAAGAAAGGUGGCAGUAAUGCUAACGCUGGCAAGCAAGUUGAAGCGGGAUGACGGUCUCAAAGGAUCCCGGACGUCAGCCUCCACAUCUGACUCUACUCGGAGGGUUUCUGUGAGAGACAAGUUGCUUGUUAAAGAGGUUGCAGAACUUGAAGCUAAUUUACCUUGUACAUGUAAAGUACAUUUUCCUGAUCCAAACAAGCUUCAUUGCUUUCAGCUGACUGUAAGCCCAGAUGAGGGUUACUACCAGGGUGGAAAAUUUCAAUUUGAAACUGAAGUUCCUGAUGCCUACAACAUGGUGCCUCCCAAAGUGAAAUGCUUGACAAAAAUCUGGCACCCCAACAUCACAGAAACAGGGGAGAUAUGUCUAAGUUUACUAAGGGAACAUUCAAUUGAUGGCACUGGCUGGGCUCCCACUAGAACAUUGAAGGAUGUUGUUUGGGGAUUGAACUCUUUAUUUACUGAUCUUCUGAAUUUCGACGAUCCCCUGAAUAUUGAAGCUGCAGAACAUCAUUUGCGGGACAAGGAGGAUUUUCGGGACAAAGUGGACGAGUACAUCAAACGCUAUGCCAGAUGAUAAGAGGAGAGCUUGCAGGUCUAAGGACUUUGUCACAGUUGUCUCUGAUGUGAAACAGCUCGAGGUAGCCCUCCUCCCCAUCCUCAUACUCCCUGUUGGCCCCUUGGGAUUGUCCCAGUCCUGCGCAGCCAUGCUGUUCUGAAGAAGACCCUCCUGACUACCCACUGUAGGUGGCAAACAACGUAAUACAGCAAGAAAGUGUGUCUGGGCAUCGAAAGGGUUGCCUGCUUCCCUUAACACGUUCACUGAGACUCCUGUCUUAGGCUGUCUGCUGGGAUUCCUCCGAAGGUGUGAUGAACUCACCACUGAGGGUAGCGCUUGCUUCCCUUCCCCCAACAAUCGCUGUCCUGCACAAGUGAUGUAAUGACGUGUUUGGUGUGACUGGCAGAUUGGCAAUAAGAAACCCGCUAUUAACUGUGAUUGGAUGCACAUUCUCUUAGCUUCUUCCACGAAUGUUGGCCCUGCCUAGAUGUGAAGCUUCCCAGAAUGCAUAGUCAUUCACUGUAGAUCUUACUGAAAUGCGUAUUUUAUUUAAUGUAAGUAUAUUUUGGAACAGAUUUGUAAUUUGUACAAUUUGAUGCUUUAAUUAUUUUUUUUCUAUUCUCAUUUACUUUGUAUUCAUUGUAUAGAGCAAACACAAAGAUAUUGGGUCAAGCAACUAUUGAAGAGAAAUACAAAGAGACCAUGCUAGACACAUAACUGCAGAUGAAGCAGGACUCUGGCUCCUAGACACCAACUCUUUCUUCAGUUCUACAUGUGGCAAGGAUGUCUUGGACCUUAGAACCUACACCUGGAUGAUCAAAACCAAAGGCAGGGAGGCUUCCCUCACAUGCUACCCAGACACAGCAGGCUGGGGCUCCCUAAGCAAGGGUGGUGGGUGAUUCUGCCAUGACCUUAGUGUAAGCCAGGGGCUCCUUAACCAUCUCUAUCUUCACUGUCCUGCCUGGGGAAUCAGCUCAGUCUCUGGUGCUGCCAAGACUGCACUGUAACUGUCUUCCAACUUGCCGGUGGUUUCAAGCCCUAGUAGGGGGGUGGGUGUAGGGAAGGGGCUUACAGUCCUUGGCAGGCCAGGCAGCAGCAUAUGCUAUGCUCAGUCAGGGUAGUGCACUUCGGGGUCAGCCCUGGAGAGAGACCAGUGGAAUUAUUCUAGUUGUAGACAUUUGAAUCAGUGAAAUCUAAUGCAAAAUAAAAGUAUGUCUGGUUUUACUCAC